AUGAGCAGCGGAGGAGUCAAAGCAGUUAUAUUAAUUGGUGGACCAAGCAAAGGAACUAGAUUCCGUCCACUUUCAUUGGAAGGUUUACCAAAGCCUUUGUUCCCAAUGGCAGGCAAACCAAUGAUCUAUCAUCAUAUCGAUGCAUGCAGCAAAGUACAAGGUAUCAAGGAAGUCAUCAUUUUGGGCUUCUUCCCAGACUCUCAAUUAUCUGGUUUUAUCGAAUCAACUUCAAAAGAAUUGAAUGUCAAUAUUAGAUAUAUUAAUGAAGUUAAAGUAUUGGGUACAGCAGGUGGAUUAAAUUAUUAUAGAGAUGAAUUGUUAAAGGGUAAUCCAGACUACUUGUUUGUAUUGCACUCUGAUGUUUGUUGUACAUUCCCAUUGGAAGGUUUAUUGGAUUUCCACAAAAAGUUUGGUCGUAUCUGUACGAUCAUGGGAACACAGGUACCAAAGGAAUACGCCAACCAAUACGGCUGUCUUAUUCGCGAUGAAAACACUGCCGAAUUGCUUCACUAUGCCGAGAAGCCAGAGACUUUUGUCUCUGAUUGGAUCAAUUGUGGAGUAUAUUGUAUUUCACCUUCAUUCUUUGAUUUGAUGACUAAAACAAAGAAUGAAUUACAAUCUUCUCUUCAAAAUAUUCAAUCUCUUGAAUAUCCUGAAAUAUCAAGAAGAGGAUUCGAUACAGGUAGAUUAAGAUUAGAACAAGAUAUUUUUGUACCAUUGGCUGGAUCUGGAUCACUUACUGUUUAUCCAUACACUGGUUUUUGGAGACAAACAAAGAAUGCUGGAGCACCAGUAUAUUGUCAAGAAUUAUAUUUAAAUCAUUUUACAAAGACUAAACCAAAUGUAUUGGCCACUGGAGACAAUAUCUUUGGUAAUGUUGUGAUUGAUCCAACAGCCGAUGUACAUCCAACCUCAAAGAUUGGGCCAAAUGUUUAUAUUGGACCAGGUGUAAAGAUUGGAAAGGGUGUUCGUGUGAUGCACUCUAUUAUUUUGGAUGCUACCGAAGUCAAAGACAGAGCAUGUAUAAUGUAUAGUAUUGUUGGAUGGAAUAGCGUUGUUGGGUUCUGGGCUAGAAUCGAAGGUGUUCCAAACUACUCGCCAUUCCUCUACAGUCAAGACAAGAGAAAGGGUAUCACUAUCAUGGGUACCGGAGCACAGGCAAACAACGAAGUUUUUGUUUACAAUUGUAUAGUCAUGCCACACAAACAAUUGGAUAGACAUUAUUCAAAUGAAAUUAUUCUUUAA